UCUCCCAUAUAUAGACUGUCAAUAAUACGCGAAGAGAUCGGCGCCGACAGCCUAUUGAUGGUCGACGCGAACCAGAGGUGGGACGUCGACGAAGCGAUCGCAUGGAUGAAACAGUUGACUGACUUUGGCCUCCUCUGGAUAGAGGAGCCCACCUCUCCGGACGACGUGUUAGGACACGCGCGCAUCGCACAGGCACUGAAACCGUACGGCAUAGGAGUGGCGACCGGCGAGCAGUGCCAGAAUCGGGUGCUCUUCAAACAGUAUCUUCAGGCACAGGGACUACAGUUCCUGCAAAUCGAUUCGUGCCGUUUGGGUGGCGUUAACGAGAUUUUGUCCAUUAUAUUAAUGGCCCAUAAGUUUGGAGUGCCUGUGUGUCCGCACGCGGGAGGCGUAGGUCUGUGCGAAUACGUACAGCACCUGUCAAUGUGGGACUACGUGUCGGUCAGCGGCUCAACCGAUAACCGUAUGAUUGAAUACGUGAGACAUUUGAGCGAACACUACACAUACCCGGCGUCGGCCACUCGGGGCCGAUAUGUGGCGCCCAAACAUCCCGGCUAUGGCUGCGAAAUGAAGGCGGCGUCCAUUCAAUACUAUGAGUUCCCUAACGGCACUAUAUUUGAGGGAAACAAAGCCAUAGUACAAGUGGGUGAUCCGGAUCUUAUCAAACAAAUACUGGUCACUGAUUUUCACGUGUUUGCUGGCCGUCGAGGCAUCGGUAAUGUGCGGCACCCGAUCAUGGAUUUGACUCUCGUGGCGGCCAAAGGGGACGACUGGCGACGGAUCCGAUGGAUAGUGAGCCCAACGUUCACCCCCAAGAAGAUGAAGCGCAUGUAUCCGCUGGUGAGACAAUCGUUGGCCACAUUUCUAGACACUUUGGACACGUAUGCGGUCAACAAGCGGGAGAUCAACGCUAAGGACAUGUAUGGCUGUUAUGCUAUGGAUGUGAUCGCGAACUGCGCUUUCGCUACGAAAACCAAUUCAUUAAAAGACCCAAACAAUCAAUUUUUAAUGAACGCCCGGAAAGUGUUUUCGCCGCCCGUAUGGCGAGUAUUGAUUGGCUUUUUAUUGCCUACAAAUGCGUUGAAUUUCCUAAACAUUAGGACAUUGUUUGAGGAAAAGUCGUUGGAUUUCUUCAGCCAAACAAUGCGUGAAAUUAUUAAAACCCGGAAGAAAUCGGAGACAAAAUUCAAUGAUUUUGUGGAACUCCUGAUGAAAGCGAAGGAAAGAAGUGAUGGAAACAGAGAUGAGAGCGAUAGACAUGAAGACCAUUAUAUCAAUGAGGAAAACGACGAGAAAAAGAAAGUAUUGGAUAACAAUUUGACACCAAUUAAGUGCUUAACCGAAGACGAGGUCUUAGCGCAAGGCUUUUCGUUCUUCGCGGCCGGCUUUGAGACCACGUCCUCUACUCUGUCCUUCUGUUCCUAUGAAUUGGCACUCAAUCCAGACGUUCAGCAAAAACUAUACGAAGAAGUGAUGUCUUCGGUGGACACAAACGGAGAGAUUGAUUACGAAGUGUUGACAAAACUGCCGUUUUUGGAUGCAGUCAUUACAGAGACACUAAGACUGCACUCAACAGCGCUUAAACUUACGAGAAAAGCGGCCGAAGACUACCGAUUGGGUGACACCGGGAUUACUAUCCCAAAGGGAGAUAUCGUUGAGAUACCAAUCCAUGCCAUCCAUCACUCGGAGGAAAUAAUAGACCAUAAUGAUUACGUGAAGAACCCGCACCCGAUUGUGUGUUACUUUGGCAGUUGGGCAUGGUACCACGAAGCCGAGCGUUUUGACAUCGAUGAUGUGAAUUACGAGUUAUGCACUCAUAUUAACUAUGGUUUCGCAAAAAUUGAUGAAUAUAAUUAUACAAUACAAAUGUUUGAUCCAUACCUCGAUUACACACACUUUCAGGCGUACCAGAGAUUCAUUGACCUGAAGAAGAAGAACCCGAACUUAACGACAAUGAUAUCGUUGGGCGGUUGGAAUGAGGGGUCGGAGAAGUACUCAGAUAUGGUUACCAACACUGAUAUGAGGCGCAGAUUUGUGAGAAGUGUUGUCGACUUUUUGGAUGAACAUAACUUCGAUGGCCUGGACUUGGAUUGGGAACAUCCGGGCAGUAGAGGUGGCGCUGCGACUGACAAACAAAAUUAUGUCAAACUAUUGGAGGAAUUGCGGGAAGCGUUUGAACCGAAGGGAUAUCUACUGACGGCCGCCAUAUCGGCCUCAAAGGAGACAAUAAACGGGGCAUUUGUUGUGCCAAAACUAAACGAACUGCUCGAUUGGGCCAAUAUAAUGACAUACGACUACCAUGGUGGUUUUGAUAACUAUAUCGGACACAACGCCCCUCUCUAUAAGAGACCUGACGAGACUCCGGACUUGGAAAAGCAAUUGCAUACGGAUUACACACACUUUACUGUCGACUAUUCAAUCAAUUAUUACCUAAGUCUGGGUCUGUCUAAGGAUAAGAUGGUAAUGGGAGUGCCCUUCUAUGGCAGGGGUUGGACUCUUCUGGACGCCCAGCACAACCAUAUCCACGACGAGGCAAAGGGUAUGUCACCCGCCGGUUGGAUAGGGGGUGAGCCCGGAGUGUUGGGCUAUAACGAGUUGUGUCAAAUGUUUAAGAAAAAUGCCAGCGAUUGGCAGCACUCUAAUGACAGCCAUUAUUUGGCUCCGUAUUCGUGGACUAAAGACACGUUUAUUGGACACGAAGACAAGGAGAGCCUUCAGUGCAAAAUCGCGUACUUGAAGGCCAAGGGGUUGAAGGGAGCGAUGGUGUGGGCGCUGGAAAACGACGACUUCAAGGGUCGUUGCGGUGACGGAAAGUAUCCUUUACUUCAAACCGUGUAUUCAAUGCUUAACGGAGACGACAAACACUCAAUGCAAUGCCCCUAUGGAGAGGUGAUUCCAACUACGGCUCCGCCAACAACCACUCCCAAACCCACAUCCCCUACAACUAAACCCACUGAUCCGCCGACAACCUCACCAACUCCUACCCCAACNUAA